UUCGAAGAGAUCGAUAUGGCAAAAAUGUAUUGCUUUUCUUUCGCGAUAUUGAUGUUCGCCGGAAUAUUGAUCUCCGGCAACGAGCAAGUGAUGGGAAAAAGCUGUGAGGGUGACGUGCUAGGGCUUGUGUCACAAUGCGAGAAGUAUGUGAGCAGAUCGGGACCGCAGGUUAAGCCGUCGUGGGGUUGCUGUGAAGUGGUGAAGACCGUUGACGUGCCAUGCGUCUGCAAUCUUGUCAAUAAAGAUAUCGAAAAGGUGAUUGACAUGGCGAAGGUGGUCUACGUGGCUCGGUCCUGUGGCAAAACGGUUGCACCGGGCACUAAAUGCGGAAGUUAUACUGUCCCACCGGCAUGAAAUUAGGGCAGAGAAAAAGAGGGACCAACAGGCGCCAUUAGGUGUUUACGUAUUUGAUACGUAUUUAUUAUGUAUGUCCAUUAUCUUUUGGUGUCAAGGAAUAAAUUCAUUAAUUUAUUUUGUUGCA